UGUGGCCGCGGCGGGGGCGUGGCAGCAGAUCGGUUCCUGCCCCGCGCGCGGGCCAGCGGGUGUCGCCGGUCGCGACAGAGUUUUAGCUGAAGAAACAAACUGGUCUACAUGUGCUUCACUGUCCAUUGGAAGAAUGACAGAUGACAAAGAUGUACUUAGAGAUGUGUGGUUUGGGCGAAUACCGACCUGUUUCACUUUGUAUCAGGAUGAGAUAACUGAGAGGGAAGCUGAACCUUACUAUUUGCUUUUGCCAAGGAUAAGCUACUUGACAUUGGUAACAGACAAAGUGAAGAAACACUUUCAGAAAGUUAUGAGACAAGAGGAAGUUAGUGAAAUAUGGUUUGAAUAUGAAGGUACACCACUGAAAUGGCAUUACCCAAUUGGUUUGCUGUUUGAUCUCCAUGCAUCAAAUACAGCCCUUCCUUGGAGCAUCACAGUACAUUUCAAGAAUUUUCCAGAAAAGGAUCUUCUACACUGCCAUUCUAAGGAUGUGAUUGAAGCUCAUUUUAUGGCUUGUAUAAAAGAAGCAGAUGCUUUAAAGCACAAAAGUCAAGUCAUCAAUGAGAUGCAAAAAAAGGAUCAUAAGCAACUGUGGAUGGGGUUACAGAAUGAUAAAUUUGAGCAGUUUUGGGCAAUAAAUCGAAAACUCAUGGAGUAUCCUCCAGAAGAUAAUGGAUUUCGAUACAUCCCCUUUAGAAUUUAUCAGGCAACAACAGAGAGACCUUUUAUACAGAAGCUGUUUCGACCAAUUGCUUCAGGAGGGCAGUUGCAUACUUUGGGAGACCUGCUAAAAGAUGUGUGUCCCAGUGCUGUCGCCCCUGAAGAAAUGUGGCUAUCUAACCUGAGGAUAGACUUGAGAUGGAGAGCAGAACACUCAAGUGAUGAUUCAUGGAAUUGAGCCAAUGCUGGAAACACCCAUUCAAUGGCUAAGCGAACAUAUGAGCUAUCCAGAUAAUUUUCUCCACAUUAGUAUCAUUCCCCGACCUACUGAUUGAAACUCAACUAUAUUCGUAUAAGGAUCGUUCUCAAGCUGGAAUUAUAAGGGCAUGUCAACUUCUUGCUUCUGUCAGUCUUGACAGAGGCAGCCUGACCAGAAAAAAAGAAACCAACAAAAAGCCGAAACAAAACAAGAAGUCCUCACUGCUGUAAGCCAAACAGGAAGAGAGAUCCUGUCAUCAGAUAAGGGCAAUUGGGCUGAUCUUAUUUUGCAUCACUGCUGCGUUUUGUUCACUGCUAUAAUUAAAUCAGUUGCGAUAUGAAAGAAUUUACAGGACUUCUGCAAGUCUGCUGUUUUCUUGUAAAAUAUAAUGAAGCUGAAAACUGUCAGCCGAAAAGCAAAUGGAAAUAUGUCACUUGAUUGUAUUUCUGAUUAACAAAUAAACAGGGCUGUUUCGUAAAGUGGUAGUGUUUCAGCUUUGAGGGUGGAAACACUGGUUCGAUUUUCUAGAAAGUUAGACACUGAGAGAUUCAGUUACCAGUAGCUUUUUGUAAAAGAUCAAAUUACUGUAAAUCCAUCUUUCCUUAAUGAGAAGUUCAUGUUUACAGUAUAUAUAUUGGUAUGCAAAUGAUCUUUUAACUUUGAUAACAAGCAGUGAGAGAUUUUAAAGUAAGCCCAUGAGCAUGUUUUGUCAGUUAAAAACAUGCGCAACUUAAUAAUUUACAAAUACUUUUGAUUUGUAUGCUGUCACUGAAUACUCUAGUCUGUUUAUUAUUCAAACCGGUUUUCAUAAACUAGCAAUGAUGUAGGGUAAUUUAUCUCAGGAUCCAUCAUGGCAUUUCUUUGAGUUCAUCUAUUUUUUUUUUCCUCCGAGAAUAUUUUCUUAAUUUACUUUAAAAAGUUUUUUUUUUUAAAAAAAAGAAAACUAAAUGGAUGUUGCAAACAGGAUUGUAUCCUGCUGUUUAUUUCCAUAGACUAGGAAACAGUUAAAUCAUAGAAUGAUGAACAGAUUGCUUUUUAAUGAUUUUGAAUUUUGGAAAGCUGAGGCUUUUCCAAGCUAAUACUUCCUCACAUCUGUGGUCCCUGAGCAAUCAGUCCGAAAUGUGGAAGCUUCUAAUCUCAUUGCACAGAUUUUUCCUUAGUUUAGCAGAUGUAUGUUUAGGUUAUUGGAUCAUUUUGGUUUCUAAAUGUUUGUUACCAUUGCAGAUGCUACUAGAACUCUACCAAUUUUUUUGUUACAGUGAAUUCAUCAAACUGUGCUCUAUUGCUUUGUCUGCAGUUUGUGGCUGUUUGUGGCACAAAACAAUGUUUAUAGUAGACAUAUUAUCAAAUAUGUCAAAUAUUAUCAAAUAUAAAGAAAGCAUGACAUUCUUCUUUCAAAAAUAGUGGCUGUUGAAGUUCCUACUCACAGUCCUGGCUUGUAAAUGUCCUGGUAACUCCCAGUGCUGUUCCCGUUCGUUUCCAUGCUCCCUUUAUGGUAGGAUACGUACCUGUAUCUGAAAAAGGAAGAAAAUGAAAAAUCAAUCAAAUGAAUAACAACCUCUUUAUGAAGCAAGAGGGGAAGGAUCUCCAUGGGUGAGGAUAGAGUUGAAGCUAAGAAGAGCCCUAAGGGCAGAUAAAGUCAGUAGACAGGUUAGAUAGUGUUUUAAAUGUUAGCGAGGAAAUAGCAUGAAGGGAAUGGAAGGGAAGAGGUACUAAUGAAACAAACCUAUGCUCUAUUCUGCAGGACAUGAAGAAUUUUUAAAAUAAAACAAACCAUGCUGAUCUCUGUUUAUGCAGAAUUGAAAUAUAAUAUUCUUACAGAGGGAUGAUUUGGUUGAGUUAUUCUAAUUUCCAGUUCUGUUUGGAAUUUUUGUUACAUUGUUGGAUUGGCAUUUAUAAACUUCCUUAGGCAGACAUAUCUAAAUAUUUUGGGCAAUUUCAAAGUCCUGCCAAUCGAUAAAGCAACUAUUUUGUAGAGUCUUCAUAUUUAACAGAAGUGUCUUUUGUAGGCAUAAUUUUUCCAUUAAUCAGGAUAAGAGGCAAUACAUUUAAAAAACUGUAGAGACUGUGUUUCCUUUGUUUUAAGGUAAACUGGAGGGAGUCACUGACUAUUUUAAUAUGUUCUACACCAGCAUUUUAAGUAUACAGCUCUUCUCGUGGCCCAUAUUUGCCAGUAAAUCCGACUUUAAGGCCUAGCAUGGAACAAAAAACAUAUUGGCUUUAAAACAUAUUCUUUCCUCUUACUUUAACUAUUUAAACUUUAUUAAAAAAUAAAACAAA